AUGCGCACACCGCUGACCACUCAGAAUCUCAAGCACGAGGAACGACUUCGUCUGUUGCGCUCCACGCGCAAGAUCGACAACCUCUUUGGGCACACGCCCCAUCUUGUGGAUGUCAUUGGACCCGAUUUUGAAGCGCCGCGCCCAAUGAAUCAGCGCCGGAUACGCCGGAGAGCAGCUCCACCAGUUGAAUGGGAUGGUCCUCCUCCUCUGCCGACCUCCACGGAGGUCUCCGCACACGCUCGACCGGUGCUCUAUAUCCGACUCCCAGAGCCAUGCGACACACCAGAUCCCGCACCGGAGCGGAUCAGCGCCGUCGUUCGCUCACCGUCGCCGACACUGACCGUCGCGCUGAAGCUGCGGCCAAUCGUGCGCACGCGGAAGGAGGAAGACGCUUUGAAGCGGAGGAAGAUGGCCAAGCUGGUGCGCACGCUGGGUGCCCAUGUACCUCCCGAGCUCGUUUUCCCUGCUGUCGAGAGCGACCGGCGCGCACGCAGGCUGUCGACGAGGACGAUUCUCUCGGACGUCGUUCAUGAUGGAAAGAGACGGCGGGCAGCAGAUUCAUCUGCCGGAUCGAUUUCGCAUGGAUGGGUGUGGGUGGGAAGGCCGGAGGAAAUUCCCUCCGAUGUGCACAUCCGUGAAACUGGGGCCGAAGCUUACCAACGCAGAAUAAGGGCCUCGCUAAGCGGUGAACAGACUGAAGCCGAGGAUGAGGGUCUGACAAUGAUUGGCGGGAGCAUCACAGCUUUGACUGCGGACGCACUAGCACGUUCCGGAUUUGGGGUGCCGGUUUCGGGAACUGAUCUCACUGAGCUGCGCAUGGAGGAGAUGCUACGAAGGCGAGGGGAUGGGUGGAUUGGCGAGUGGGUUGGGCGAGUGGAGACCAUGGAUGAUGUGGUUCAGCAGUUGAGGACGCUGCGAGUCAAGUGA